AUGAACGGUGACACCUAUACAUCAAGAGAAUCGGCGCGUCCUCGCGAUCACUUCCGCGACGAGCGGCGAGACCGAGACCGAGGUGACCGUGGAGAUCGGGCGGAACGAGGAGCAGGUGAAAGACGACGAUCACGCUCGCCUCACUUUGGCGCGCGUGGUGCGCGUCGCGAAGCAGAGACCAAUUCCUACUCUUCAAGCCGAGAUUACCGUGCCCGAGAGCGAGAGGAUCGCUACUCCAGUCGCCGUGAAGAACGUGAUUGGGAUCGUGGUGACCGCGCUGACCGUGGUGAGCGUGGAGAAAGAGGAGAGCGGGGAGAACGUGGAGAGCGUGGUGGCGAUCGCCGCCGGCGCGACUUCGACGACAGAUCCCGACGAGACCUUUUCGAUGAACGCCCUCGGCGCGGUGGCCGUGAUGACCGCCGAGAGCGUGGAGACCAAGAGCGUGGGGGUGAUCGGAGAGCAGGCGGUAGGGCAGCCGGUGGUGGAAAUGGACCUGAGCCAGCACGACGAAGCGCGUCUCCGCCACGCAGGAAAGAGCCUACUCCAGACCUCACAGACGUGCCCUCCGUUUUAGACCGCAAGCGUCGCCUGACACAGUGGGAUAUCAAGCCUCCCGGUUACGAGAAUGUGACAGCAGAACAAGCUAAGCUCUCGGGGAUGUUCCCUCUUCCCGGAGCUCCACGACAGCAGCCCAUGGAUCCCAGCCGCCUGCAAGCGUUUAUGAACCCGCCUGCUGGAGGGUCAGUCGAGACUACGGCCCUGAAGCCAUCGAAUUCACGCCAAGCGAAGCGCUUGUUUGUCUACAAUCUUCCUCCUGCUACGGCUGGUGAGAAUCUCGUGUCUUUCUUCAAUUUACAACUCAACGGCUUGAAUGUCGUGCACAAUGUCGACCCUUGUGUCUCUGCGCAAGUGGCUGAUGACAACACCUUCGCACUUUUGGAAUUCAAGUCACCCAACGAUGCGACGGUCGCUCUGGCUUUCGACGGGAUCACCAUGGCGGAGGGCACUGAGAAAGGCCUCGAGGUUCGCCGUCCCAAGGACUAUAUCGUCCCCAACGGAAGCGCAGAACAAGAGUACCAGGAAGGCGUUCUGCUGAACGAGGUGCCAGACUCUCCCAACAAGAUCUGUGUUUCUAAUAUCCCUGCAUACAUUCCCGAGGAGCCUGUGACUAUGCUGUUAAAGUCCUUUGGUGAACUCAAAUCGUUCAUUUUGGUCAAGGACGCGUCGACUGAAGAAUCGCGAGGUAUCGCUUUCUGUGAAUAUGCCGAUCCUACCACUACCACAAUUGCUGUGGAGGGUCUCAACGGCAUGGAACUUGGUGACCGCCACUUGAAGGUUGUUCGCGCCAGUAUUGGUACCACUCAGGCUGCAGGUCUCGAUAUGGGAGUGAAUGCCAUGUCGAUGUUCGCCAAGACUACCUCUCAAGAUAUGGAGGCCGGUCGUGUGCUGCAACUUCUUAACAUGGUGACCGUGGACGAGCUUCUUGAUAACGACGACUAUGAGGAGAUCAUGGAGGAUGUGCAAGAGGAAUGCGCCAAAUACGGCAAGGUUUUGAGCCUCAAGAUUCCCCGGCCGUCUGGUGGAAAUCGCCAGGCUGCCGGUGUUGGAAAAAUUUAUGUCAAGUUUGAAACCCCCGAGUCUGCGACCAAUGCCCUGAAGGCGCUCGCCGGUCGAAAGUUUUCAGACCGCACCGUCGUCGUUUCCUACUUUGGUGAGGAGAAUUUCGAUGUCGACGCGUGGUGA